AAGGACAUAGCCAUGUAGGGUUCCAUGACGAGAGCGCCGGGCCGAGGACGUGAAUCGGGAAUGCCAGGGUUGUUCAAGGGCUUGAGGCGUGGACUGUGCUUGUUACGAAUGCAAUAGGCAGUAAAUCCAUGGAUAAUAGGCAUUUGCAAUAGCUUGGUUUGCAGCGAGUGGUCGCAAAUCCCUUGCAUCGGGUGCAGACUCAACUCGAGUAAAAUAGUUCCAUAGCUCCAAUGCUCAAGUACACAGCUUGAUGCCUCGGUUUUCUACUAGCAUUGAGCAUCAGGCAACGCGUUAAGUUGUGCACACCAACCUCACAUAGCUUGACACAGGGCCACUCGCCUUUCUUUCGCGAAACAACCUGCAGCCAUGGCGCUUGGCAUGCAGCGCCAACUCCGUGGGCAUCAGCGCACGGCGCCAGCGCCAGUGUUGCCGGUAGUGCGCCCUCGUGCGACUCGGGCGACUGGGCCCAGCGCGUCAAGAGGCAGCCGUCGUCACUUGCUACAACAGAUAGCAGGAGCGACACUCCUAGUGCACGCACGGAGCGUUGCGGACCCUUCCUCGGUGGCCUCAGCCUCUGCUACUCUAGCGGCUCCCACCGAGGAAGCGUCAACGUCGACAACAGUCCUAGGAAACAGCGCGCUUGACCCGCCAACCUACGUGACAGCCACGGGGAGGAUCAUUGCAAUUGGGGACCUGCACGGCGACCUCGACAAAGCCGUUGAGGCACUGAAGCUCGGACGUGUUAUCAGUGUCAGCGACGAGGGAGAGGUCUCGUGGGUGGGUGGCGACACGGUGGUGGUACAGCUCGGCGACGUGCUGGACCGAGGGGACGUGGAGAUUGGCAUCAUCAACUUGUUGCGGUACCUGGACACGGAGGCGCGGAAGCAGGGCGGUGCCGUUUACAUGCUCAACGGCAACCACGAAUCCCUGAACGUAUGCGGAGACUUCAGGUACGUGACUCCGGGCGCGUUCGCGGAAAGCGCGCUGUACGCGGGGCUGAGCGAGUCGGACCUCAAGGACUGGCAGCUGGUGGCCAAGGUGCGCUACUCGCUGUACAAGCCCGGCGGUGAUCUGGCGCGCGAGUUCAGCCGCAACCCCACCGUGCUGGUCGUCAACGACACCGUGUUCGCGCACGGAGGGCUGUUGCCUACACACGUGGAGUACGGCAUUGAGCGGCUAAACAGUGAGGUGGCGGCGUGGAUGCGCGGUGACGACAUCCCGGACGGCAACAAGGCGCAGCCCCCCUUCCUGGCCAUGGGUGACGCCAACAGCGUGAUGUGGAACCGCACGCUCUCCAAAGAGCGCUUUGCCACGCCCUACGAGCGCUACCACGCCUGCAAUGCGCUGAAGCAGGCGCUCGCCAAGGUCCGCGGCAAGCGGCUGGUGGUGGGGCACACGCCGCAGCUGGGCGGCGUCAACUGCGAGUGUGAGAACCAGGUGUGGCGCAUCGACGUGGGCAUGUCGUACGGCGUGCUCAACCGGCCGGUCCAGGUGAUUGAGAUCGUGCCGCCGGAGGAGGGCGGCGAUGACGCCAAGGUGCGCGUCAUCCGCAACACGCCCAACUCCAUGUCCAGUGCGGAUGACGACAUCACCAUCGCCUCCAACCUCUGACCGCGUUAGCAGCAGCUGUGGUCUGCGGAGUGGGGCAGGCGGCGGCAGGAGCAGCAGGAGCGGGAGCAGGAGAAAGAAGGGAGGCGCAUGACAGUGUGGGGGGAGGAGGAGAAGCGGUGGAGCUGGCGCGGAGCUGGUGCUGGCGCGGAGCUGAGCGAGCAGGCGUUUGCUGGGGCUUGGGUGGCUGCGGGCCUGGUGGGCCUGAAGUUGGAGCUGCGGGCUGGAGCCGAAGAGCUGUAGAUGGAGUUACGAGGUUUUGUCGCGGAGGCGCUUGCGCCCAUUUUGGGGCGCGGGCGCAGAGCCGGUAUCAUUCUGUAGGCAGAAGAUGGAUGCAAGCAUCGCAUGACCUGUGCACAUUGCGGUGCUCCAAAGGAGCGUGUGUGUGGGCGGGAAUGUAACGGGUUCUUCGUUUGGCAUAGGGAGCUGUGCACGAUUUCGUUUGGUGGCCGUGUGGCUAUCGGGGCAUCACCUAAUGUGCUACGAGUGUGAACUGCGACGGCCUGUGCCGAGACUGCCGCCGGCGCUGCUGCAGGUCGUGCUUGAUGCGGAAGCAAUGGGCACACGGUUGUGGCAUCGGCAUGCCAAGCAGAAGUGCUCGCUGAUGCGGGCGUUGGCCGCGACACAUGAGCGCUGCUGGGGCGCGGGGAGGUGCGAUGUUGCCGUCUUAGGUUCGCGAAGUAUGACAGGGCGGGAUGGGCAUCCUCCGAGAGAGUUUGUUGUAGGUUUCCUUGACUAACCCGCAGAGAUGUGCUGAGAAUGGCAGGGGUAAUCACUCUGUUGCCGCUCUGGGGUAUGCAUGGUCUGUUGCUCUCUGUUUCAAGGUUGGACGGGUUCGCUUGCGCUUCGUUCAUCUGUCUGUGCCGCAGUAUGUGUGUGGCAUUGACUGUGCCUUGUACCAUAGCCAUGUGCAAUGUGUGUGCUGGGUCGUAUUCGCGUCCGGUGUAUGCGAGGCCAGAUGGAACUGCGGAAAAUAAAGUAGACUCCGGUGGCGUGGGGUCAGGUGUCCUGCAGCGUUCGACUGCUCUGGUGCGUCGGCGGCGGGAUGCGCGAUUGUUGCCCGUGACAACGUGCCCCAGUCCUCCAUGCGUUGCAAAUAACAUAUGUACGGGGCGGGCUUGUGGUGAUGGUAAGCGCAGCUGGGCCUCCGCAGCAGUCUAUUCUUCCAUGGCUGGUGAUCAAUCUGUAAGCGUUCAUCUGC